UGAUGACAGCCAAUCAGCAGGAAAGUAUCAAAAACCUUACAACAGAAAGAAGACAACUGAUUGAGGAACGAAAGAUGAAGGAGAACCAGAUUGAGGAGGUGAUCCGAGACAGACUCCUGAGCGCAGUAAGAGCGGGGCUUAACCCACAGAGGCUUACUCAAGACAGAGAGGAGCUGAACAAAGAGAGGGAAGAGCUGAGGAAAAAGAAAGAGGAACUGAGCUUAGAGAAAGAAGAGCUGAGCAAAAAGAUUGACGAUCUGAACAAUGAGAAAGAUGAACUGAACAAAGAGAAAGACGAGCUGAGCAAAAAAACAGCAGAGCUGAGCAGCAAGACAGAGGAGCUGAGCAAAGAGAAAGCAGAGCUGAGCAAAAACACAAAGGACCUGAACAAAGAGAAACUCGAGCUUAACAAAGAAAAAGACAAGCUGAGCGAAGACAAAAAGGAGCAGAGCCAAGAAAAAGACAAACUGAACAAAGAGAAAGACGAGCUGAGCAAAGACAAAAAGGAGCUGAGCCAGGAGAAAGAGAAACUGAACAAAGAGAAAGCAGAUCUGAGCAAAGAGAAAAAGUAUCUGAGCACAGAGAAAGAGGAGCUGAAGAAAGAUAAAGCAGAGCUGAACAAAGAGAGAGAGAAGCUGAGAGUAUUGACAGACGAGGCAGAGAACCGAUGCAAAAACAGAGAUGCUCUGAAAAACUUUUAUGAUGCUCUCAUGAAAUUUGACAAUUUUCCAGUACAUGAUUUGUGCCCAGUAUGGUUGAGACCAAAGUGCCAUCAUUGCACGAAACACGAGAAAUCCUACAAGGGACACUGCUACUAUAUUUAUCCAUAUGACAUAGGUUAUGCAAACUGGGACCGAAGUCGACAGUUGUGUAAGAUUGAAGGUGGAGACUUGGUUGUAAUUGAUGAUCUGGAAGAGCAGGAAUUUAUCAACAAUCACACCAAACAAUACGAUUCUGAUAACCAUGGAUACUGGAUAGGGUUACGUCAUUUUCGACGCAAUUGGUCCUGGGUUGAUGGACGUAGGAACUUUCUUGAGUUCUGGAUUAAGGGGAUUCCCCAUUCUUCAGGAGCAGCCCUGCAUAUGCCACGAAAAAAAGCCACAGAGAGCUGGAAGGCAGAAGACAAACUGGAAGCAUACAAAUUCAUCUGUGAGCGUCUGGAGAUUUCUUGGCCCUUUAGCUAACACUGUUCUCUUAAAGCUUCAAUGAGGAAUACUCAACUGUGUCAUCAAAUUUUGGCGAAUCUCAUGAAUAAAAAAUCAAUCUCUGAAAGUUAAGUUUUAAAUUGCAGUUGCUAUAGUUCUCCUAACAUGGCAACUGAGAUUCUGUCCACAGUCACAUCUGUAGGUUUGUUUUCAUCCACAGAAGCACUUCCCCCUCUGAGCGGUCCAUUUAUUGUCCAUUUAUCUGGUCCUCACACUAUGAGGUCCAUUUAUCUGGUCCUCACACUGAGGUCCAUUGCUUUGGGAACGUUCGCUCCACAAUAAGCAAGCCAACUUCCGCUUCGAUAGUAGGAACCUUUACAUCUUCCAGAUGUGGCCAGAUGUUAACAUCCUCCUGCAGGGAAUAUUCUGUUUUUUUUAGUACUUAAAUUUUUACAGAGCAAUUACACAGCCAUACAUCAGCAAUAAUUAACACAAGUUUUUCCAUAUGACAAUAUGUGAAAUAAAUUAGUUACACUUUUGCAGGUAAUUAAACAUUUUUUAAAAUAGGAUGUGUUAAAGAAAGAAUAGACAGUCAGUAUUCUGACUGAUUAAUUCUGAUGUUCAUUUCAUUUCACUCCUAAAUAUGAUUUUAUUGCUCUCUGUUCUUUUCUUUUUAUAUUUAACAAUCAUGACAUCUGUCUGAGUGACGCGGUGGCACACAAUAACUGAAGCCACUCUAAGUAUAAGCUUUAUCAAAACCCAAAGUUUUAUGCCAAAUCAUAAUGAUAAUAUAAUAAAAAAACACGUUCUCUUAUUUUUUAGUCUUCACAGAGCAGGAAUUUACUUACAUGUGAAUAUUGUUUUUCACCCAACCACAAAGAUGUGAUAAAUAUGUGAUCUGAAUGUCUUUUACUUUGUAAUGUUUACAGAUUUUCUGCUUAUGUUCCCAUAAAUCUGUCACAUUUUGAAGCUCUUGCUGCUUUGUACUGAAGUGGAAACGAUUGUAAAUCUGAAGUUAAAUCACUUAUGAUUAUUUUAUUCGUUUGGUGAUUUAUAGUUUUUACCGUAAAGAUUACUUUAGUUUUACCAGUUGUAUUUGUCAGUUGGAGUCAGGCAGCCAACGUGGCCACAAGAGGGAGCCAUACACUGUCUGCUCUUUCUGCAGACCAGUUUUUAAGUAGAAGAAGCUUCGUCUGCCAAAGAUUUAUUAAAUUCAUCUGGAUAUAUAAAAUAACUAGACCUGUUUAGUUGGUCUUGUGUCAUUUUUAUAAACUUUUAUUCGUUACAUCUGUUUCAUUUAAUGUAGGAUUUCACGAUGCAUUUCCGUUUGAUCGUUUUAAACAGCUUUAGGCCUGAAUAAAUUUAUUAUUGUCUGAUAAUCUUUCAUCCGUCCAAUUUAUUUUCUUUUU